CACACAACAAAGCAAGGUAAUUGAAUCCAACUAGAAACGAUUUCCAUAUCCCGGAUUAAUCUUUUUUAUUCUGUGAUGUCGUCUCUCAAGCACUUGGCGCAGCCUCUGGAAAGAGAUGAGAGUGUGGACCCGUGGGAUACGUACGUGAGGCCUCACUUUGACAAGCUAGUAGACCAGUUGAAACCCAGUCUCUUCCUGAAAAAUCUAUAUUCCCGUGGGGUGGUAGGUAGGGAAGAUCAGCAAAGAUUGCAGUAUGAGGUGACGUCACAGGCUAAAGUUCAGAUGCUUCUAAUGGAGAUAUUGCCAUACCAUCUGCCGUGGUGGAGUACUUUCGAGACGUUUUGCGACGUGCUGGCGGGGACUGAGGGACAGAGAGACAUUCUGGAGAGAUAUAUCUGUCCGCCAGGUCUCAGACUGAAGACACGAGGAGCUGCCGUACCUCAAGCAGAACAAGAUCGUAUUAUCUCUGAGAGGGACAUUAGUGAAGUGUCAUCACGGAUUGCUGGCAGUUGGGACAAAGUUGCAAGCAGCCUGGAUCCGGCUUUGGAUUCUCAUGACAUUAGAAAUGUUCGAGAGGAUCUGCUGAUGAAAAAUGAUGAGAAAAUGGCAGAUUUGCUGCGCAAAUGGGUAAACAAAUAUUCCCACCUUGCAACUAUUGGUCGCCUACGCCGUGCAUUGGAGAAGGUUGGGGAAAGAAAGGUCGCCGAUGACUCAGGUUUGGGGGUUGUAGCACAUGACACAUCAACGCCAGUUAGUGAAGAUCUACCACCUAUCCAAUCCGGUGAUCGAAUAAUUACAUUAGACGACAUAUUUGAUGUUGCAAAACGCAUUGCAUUUUUCUGGGAGGAAGUGGCUGUCAAACUUACACCUCGUGUGGGAGAUGACGUGAUUAGAAAUGCUCGUGAAAACAGAUUUAUUAACAAUCAAGGUCGAAUGAAGGAAGUGCUAGAAACUUGGAAAGAUCAAUAUUCAAAUGAUGCUACACUGGGCCGCUUAAUGAAUGCAGUCAAUGUCGUCGAAGUAUCACUUCAACACCACACUGGAACAACCCAGCACCAGCAGCUGUCCGAUUUAUCUGGUGACAGGAAAAUCACUGAGAGAGAUAUCAAUGAUGUGUCUGUCAGUGCUGCAUCAAAUUGGAAAACUGUAGCUUCUAAGCUGAAUCCUCCUGUGGGAGAGGACAUUAUCCAGAAAGCACGUCAAGACCAAUAUCUUUCACCUAUCGGCCGAAUGAAAUUUGUAUUAAAAAAUUGGUGUGAUCAAAAUCCAAAUGAAGCUACAGUUAGUCGCCUUACACAAGCUGUUGAGUUGGCUGAACAGUCAGUUUGGCAACCAGCACAAACAGAUCAAGCAGGUAGUACGUCUGUGCCAUUUGUUAGGGAACCUGGUGUUAAAGUUUCUGUUCAAGUUCAAGAAAGAGAUGAUGGUGUACCUUUUGGUGCUAGUCGCCAUUUUGUCAUUGGUGGCACUGGUGGUACACACACCAUGGAAACAAAUGGAAGGGAUGUCAUAAGCGAUGAUGACAUGCAGGCUGUUUGUAAAGACUAUGGGAAUCAGUGGGAAAAGGUGGCGCAGUUUCUGCAGCCUAAAGUUGAUGCAGCCUUGAUCGAGAAGAUGAAACGUAACCCAUUUCAAAAUGGACCAGCUAUACUGUAUGAAGUUCUGAAGUUGUGGUCUGAAAAGCAUCAUAGUGCUGCAUCACUGGCGCAAGUCAAGAAGGCUUUGAGAGACUCGGGAUUGAUGGAAUGACUGCCUGAACAUAUUUUAGUCCAUUGUUUACUGCAAGUUGUAAUGUUUCUGCAUUAUUAGUUGGAAUUUUUGUGAAAUAUGUAGGUUUGUUUGAUACAAUCGCUCGAUCUGAUUGAAUGCAUUUUGUAGGAUUAGAAAAGGAAGGUUGAUUUGUAAUAACAAAAAAUGCUGUAGAGGAGUUGACUGGUUUAGUAAUUAUUAUGAGUCUCUA